GCAGCCCCCUCCCGCCCGGUCAGCCCCGAGGAGUUGCCCGGUGGCCGCGGCAGACGGAAGCCGGAGCGAGAGCCUCGGCGGCGUCAGGAUGGGCGACUCCAAAGUGAAAGUGGCUGUCCGGAUCCGGCCCAUGAAUCGAAGAGAAAUUGACUUGCAUACCAAAUGUGUGGUGGAUGUAGAUGCAAACAAGGUUAUUCUUAAUCCUGUAAAUACGAACCUUUCCAAAGGAGAUGCCCGAAGCCAGCCAAAGGUGUUUGCAUAUGAUCAUUGUUUCUGGUCCAUGGAUGAAUCAGUCAGAGAAAAAUACGCAAGUCAAGAAGAUGUUUUCAAGUGCCUUGGGGAGAAUAUCCUUCAGAAUGCUUUUGAGGGCUACAAUGCAUGUAUUUUUGCCUAUGGACAGACUGGAUCUGGAAAAUCUUACACCAUGAUGGGCACAGCUGACCAACCUGGAUUAAUCCCAAGACUUUGCAGUGGACUUUUUGAACGAACCCAGAAAGAGGAAAAUGAAGAGCAGAGUUUUAAAGUAGAAGUGUCCUAUAUGGAAAUUUAUAAUGAAAAAGUUAGAGACCUUCUUGAUCCCAAAGGAAGCCGUCAAACGUUAAAAGUCAGAGAGCACAGUGUGUUGGGACCCUAUGUCGAUGGACUUUCUAAACUGGCUGUCACAAGCUACAAGGAUAUUGAGUCAUUGAUGUCGGAGGGUAACAAAUCCCGUACUGUGGCUGCAACCAACAUGAACGAGGAGAGCAGCCGGUCUCACGCGGUCUUUAAGAUCACCCUCACACACACUUUAUAUGAUGUGAAGUCUGGGACAUCGGGAGAGAAAGUGGGCAAGCUGAGCUUGGUUGACUUAGCUGGCAGCGAGCGAGCCACGAAAACAGGAGCGGCAGGUGACAGGCUGAAGGAGGGCAGCAACAUCAACAAGUCCCUCACAACCCUCGGUCUGGUUAUCUCAGCCCUAGCGGAUCAGGGUGCUGGCAAAAGCAAGAAUAAAUUUGUUCCAUAUCGUGACUCAGUUCUCACUUGGCUGCUCAAAGACAGUCUUGGGGGUAACAGCAAGACAGCCAUGGUGGCUACUGUGAGUCCAGCAGCUGACAACUAUGACGAAACCCUUUCAACCCUGAGGUAUGCGGAUCGUGCCAAGAACAUUGUGAACCAUGCUGUGGUGAAUGAAGAUCCCAAUGCACGAAUUAUCCGGGAGCUUCGGGAGGAAGUAGAAAAGCUCCGUGAGCAACUGACCAAAGCAGAGGCAAUGAAAUCUCCAGAGCUGAAGGACCGGCUGGAAGAGUCAGAGAAGCUAAUCCAGGAAAUGACUGUGACCUGGGAGGAGAAGUUAAGGAAAACGGAGGAGAUUGCCCAGGAGCGACAGAAACAGCUGGAGAGUCUGGGAAUAUCGCUGCAAUCUUCCGGAAUUAAAGUUGGGGAUGAUAAAUGUUUUCUCGUUAAUCUGAAUGCUGAUCCUGCUCUGAAUGAACUUCUGGUUUACUACUUAAAGGAACAUACAUUGAUAGGUUCAGCAGAUUCCCAAGAUAUCCAGCUGUGUGGAAUGGGAAUUCUUCCUGAACAUUGUAUCAUAGACAUCACAUCAGAAGGCCAGGUUAUGCUGACUCCUCAGAAGAACACCAGAACAUUUGUAAAUGGCUCUUCUGUAUCCAGUCCUGUUCAGCUACACCAUGGGGACAGGAUAUUAUGGGGAAACAACCACUUCUUCAGACUUAACUUGCCUAAAAAGAAAAAGAAAGCUAGUGGAGAGGAUGAGGAACAAGACCCGUCCAUGAAGAAUGACGCCAGUUCUGAGCAGCUGGAUGUAGACGGAGACUCCUCCAGUGAGGUGUCCAGUGAGAUCAACUUCAGUUACGAGUACGCACAGAUGGAGGUGACCAUGAAGGCCCUGGGCAGGAAUGAUCCCAUGCAGUCCAUAUUGAACAGCCUAGAACAACAGCACGAAGAGGAGAAACGGUCUGCACUGGAGCGCCAGAGGCUCAUGUAUGAACACGAACUAGAGCAGCUCCGGCGACGGCUGUCUCCGGAGAAACAGAACUGCCGGAGCACGGACAGGUUUUCUUUCCACUCACCCAGUGCUCAGCAGCGGCUGAGGCAGUGGGCCGAGGAGAGAGAAGCCACCCUGAAUAACAGCCUGAUGAGGCUGAGGGAACAAAUUGUUAAAGCCAAUUUGUUGGUGAGAGAAGCUAGUUACAUUGCAGAAGAAUUGGAUAAAAGAACAGAGUAUAAAGUAACCCUCCAGAUUCCAGCCUCCAGCCUGGAUGCCAACAGAAAGCGAGGCUCUCUCCUUAGUGAGCCUGCCAUCCAGGUGAGAAGAAAAGGAAAAGGGAAGCAAAUUUGGUCUUUGGAAAAACUGGACAACAGGUUGUUGGAUAUGAGAGACCUUUAUCAGGAGUGGAAGGAGUGUGAAGAAGAUACCCCAGUGAUACGGUCUUACUUCAAGCGUGCAGAUCCCUUCUAUGAUGAGCAGGAGAAUCACAGUCUCAUUGGGGUGGCUAACGUCUUCCUGGAGUCCCUCUUCUAUGAUGUGAAGUUACAAUAUGCUGUUCCAAUUGUCAACCAGAAAGGAGAGGUGGCAGGCCGGCUGCAUGUGGAGGUGAUGCGCAUCAGUGGGGACGUGGGGGAGAGACUUGCCGGUGGUGAUGAUGCCCCAGACGCCUCCUUUGAUAAGGAGACCCAGGAGAACAAGCUUGUAUGCAUGGUUAAAAUACUUCAGGCCACUGGAUUGCCACAGCAUCUGUCCCACUUUGUAUUCUGCAAGUAUGACUUCUGGGAUCAGCAGGAGCCUGUAAUUGUUGCACCCGAAGUAGAUACCUCAUCCUCUCCUGUCAGCAAGGAACCUCAGUGCAUGGUGGUCUUUGAUCAUUGCAGUGAGUUUUCCGUUAGCAUCACUGAAGACUUUAUUGAGCAUCUUUCAGAAGGGGCGUUGGCAAUUGAAGUCUAUGGCCAUAAGAUGAAUGAUCCUCGGAGAAACCCAGCCCUAUGGGACUUGGGGAUUAUCCAGGCAAAAACACGCAGUCUUCGGGACAGAUGGAGUGAAGUCACGAGAAAAGUGGAAUUCUGGGUUCAAAUCUUGGAACAGAAUGAGAAUGGUGAAUACUGCCCUGUAGAGGUAAUUUCUGCAAAGGACGUGCCAACAGGAGGAAUCUUCCAGCUCCGGCAGGGACAGUCCCGGCGAGUUCAAGUAGAAGUGAAGUCUGUGCAGGAAUCCGGGACUUUACCGCUGAUGGAAGAGUGUAUAUUGUCUGUUGGCAUUGGAUGUGUAAAAGUCAGAGCACCCAGGUCACCCAAGAUGCACGAGACCUUCCAUGAGGAAGAGGAGGACAUGGACAGCUACCAGGAUCGGGAUUUAGAGAGACUACGUAGAAAAUGGCUAAAUGCAUUAACAAAACGUCAGGAGUACUUGGAUCAACAACUGCAAAAGCUUGUCAGUAAACAUGAUAAAACAGAGGAUGAUGCUGACCGUGAAGCUCAACUUCUAGAGAUGAGAUUGACCCUGACCGAGGAGAGGAACGCAGUCAUGGUCCCCUCAGCUGGCAGUGGGAUUCCAGGCGCCCCGGCGGAAUGGACUCCGGUUCCUGGAAUGGAAACACACAUUCCUGUUAUAUUCCUUGACCUAAAUGCUGACGAUUUCAGCUCUCAGGAUAAUCUUGAUGACCCCGAAGCUGGUGGAUGGGAUGCUACCCUCACUGGGGAAGAAGAGGAUGAGUUCUUUGAACUACAGAUUGUCAAGCAGCAUGAUGGAGAGGUGAAAGCCGAAGCCUCCUGGGACUCCGCGGUACACGGCUGCCCACAGCUCAGUAAAGGCACACCUGCGGAUGAGCGAGUGUUUCUGAUUGUGCGGGUGACGGUCCAGCUCAGCCACCCGGCUGACAUGCAGCUGGUGUUACGCAAGCGCAUUUGUGUCAAUGUUCAUGGCCGGCAGGGUUUUGCUCAGAGUCUCCUAAAAAAGAUGUCACAUCGAAGUUCUAUUCCAGGCUGUGGAGUGACUUUUGAAAUUGUCUCCAAUAUUCCAGAGGAUGCCCAGGGAGUAGAGGAACGAGAAACAUUAGCAAGGAUGGCAGCUAAUGUUGAAAACACAGCUUCUGCUGACUCGGAGGCUUACAUUGAGAAGUACCUCAGGAGCGUGCUAGCGGUGGAGAACCUUCUCACUUUAGACCGUCUUCGCCAGGAAGUUGCUGUGAAGGAGCAGCUGACAGGGAAAGGGAAGCUGAAUAGGAGGAGCAUUAGUUCCCCAAACGUGAACAGACUGUCUGGCAGCCGACAGGAUCUCAUUCCAUCCUGUAGUCUAGGUAGCAACAAGGGCCGGUGGGAAAGUCAACAGGACGUGUCGCAAACUACAGUAUCUAGAGGAAUAACUCCCUCUGCCGCCCCCCUCCCUGGUUGUCCCCAAAAUAACCAUUCUCCUGAUCCAGGACUCAGUAGCCUAGCGGCCUCCUACUUGAAUCCAGUAAGAUCCUUUGUGCCGCAGAUGCCGAAGCUGCUGAAGUCUCUCUUCCCCAUCCGCGAUGAGAAAAGGGGCAAACAGCCGUCACCCCUGGCACAUCAGCCCGUGCCCCGGAUAAUGGUGCAGUCUGCCCUCCCGGAUGGCGGGAUGCCCAGGAUGGCAGAGGUGCCCCGAGAGAGCGCAGGGUUGCGCGUCACCCCGGACGUGGCUGUGCCGGCUGCCCCCGCGCCCAAGACCACUUCUGGCUCCCCGGCCCUCGAAGGCGCCGACGGGCCACCCAGCCCCCUGAGCGAGGCGUCCAGCGGCUACUUCUCGCACAGUGUCUCCACCGCCACCCUUUCCGACGCAUGCGGCCCUGAUGUCACGGCCUCGUCCCCUCCGGGCCCCGGCCCUGCCGCUUCCCGCACACCACCCGGCCCUGGGGACCAGCCGGCCCAGGAAGGGGCUUUGGCGGCAGCAGAGAAGCAGGACGAGGCAGCAGGUGCCUUCCAGCCCCGGGCGAAGCCGGCAGCUGGCCUAGAGCCCGACGUCUCCAAGCCUCAGCCGCCUCCUGAACCCCGCUCCCAGCCGCCCGCCCCCGCAUCCCCGUUCCGGAUCCAGAAGGUGCGGACCUCGGAGCUGAAGUCCUUCACGCGUAUGCUGGGCGGGGACCCCGGAGGCCCCGCGGGGACCGAGGAGGAUCCGCCAGCCUCUGGGGGCCCAGGCGACAGCAGCGCCCGGGGACAGCCCCUGGGAAAGCUGGACGUUUCCUCCGAUUCUGAAGAAGCCAGUGAAGUCCCCGAGUGGCUCAAAGAGGGAGAAUAUGUCACCGUGGGCACCAACAAGACGGGCAUCGUGAGAUACGUGGGGCCCACCGACUUUCAGGAGGGCACGUGGGUCGGAGUGGAGCUCGACUUACCCUCAGGAAAGAACGACGGCUCCAUCGGCGGGAAGCAGUACUUCAAGUGCAAUCCGGGAUACGGGCUGCUCGUGAGGCCAGGCCGCGUGCGCAGGGCAGCCGGCCCGGGCCGGCGGCGCAGCGCGGGGCUCCGGCUGCAGGGCGCCCCCGAACCCCGCCGGAGCGCCACUCUCUCCGGCUCUGCCACCAACCUGGCGUCGCUGACGGCGGCUCUAGCCAAGGGCGAGGGCGCUGCGCUGCGGGUUGAGCGCAGCCACAGGAGCCCAGAGAACCGCAAGUCCUGGGCCAGCUGAGCGGGGGCCCCAUCGAGUCUUUGCAGGGACAGCCCUACAGGGGCGUCUGCCUGCUCCCUGGGGACCAGGUCAGGAAGGUUUUUGCACAGUGACACAGGGCCGCUGAUCUCUUCCCGUUUCUCUCUCCCCAGAGAGGAAGGCGACGUCUCAGCCAAGCCACAAGGUGGAAGGUUCUGGAAGCCCAGAGUGGUCCGGGAUGGUGGGGAGCGAGGGGCCUGGGCCUGGGGUAGCCCCGCCUUGGGGCUGCUGUUGCUCUUUUUUUCUCCUCUGGUGAUGCCGUUAACCUCUUAAUUUAAAACAUAAUCAUAAUUAGUGCCUUUCCUUCCUCCAGGGUCAGCGCUGCCGCUGCCCCAAGGCCUGGCCCAGCCUGGGCUCCUCGCCCCGGUGGCCCACACCCUCCACGCUGAGCGCUGCUCCUCUAAGUGCCUCGGGCCCUGGGCCCCCUCGCCCUUCCCUCUUCUUUCCACAAGGUUUCUCAGAGGUUUCUUUGUGGAUAUGUUAACGUCUUUAUACCUGGGAAAUUUUUUCUCUUUGCCAUUUUUUCCCCUUAACAAGAGUUCUUGGAGGAUAUUUAUUUAUAUUUAUUUUUUUCAAAAUCCGAAAUUAUUUGCGAGCCACAAUCACUUGCCCAGUGCGAGUGAGUGCCCGGGGCCUGCCCAGCACAUUGCCGGCCUCUGUGACCACUUGGGAGCUGCCAGCCCCCUGCCUCAGUUGGAGGUUCCUGGAGGGGACUGAGGACAGUGCUGCUCCUUGUGUCCUUUAACACAGAUGCACAAGUGGCCUUACUCUACGCUGACAGGGAAAACUUGGAGAAUUUUGUUGUGCUUCUGCGGUCAGCGACAAAGCCGGUCAGAGGCAGUGUGGCCUUACUUGGUGCGGUUCUGGCUCUGGGAAGGUCCUUAGACCAGAUGAGCUUCGUGGCGGCUCUGGCCCCUGAUGCCCACUGAGCCUGGCCCCUACCUGUGGCCCCCCGCUGUGUCCCUGGGUCCCUUGCAGAGCUGCGGGCCAGGCGGGCCUGGACAGCAAUGGGGACAACAGGAGCUGUCCCAGAGCACCACUCUGCUCCACCAGGUCAGCCCUGGGCCAGGGCCCCUUCCUUACUCCUCGGUGCUUCUGGUAUGGCCGAGGUGGGAUCCCAGCAGCCUGGUGCUUAACAUUCAGCCGCCUUCCCUGCCUGUCACCGAGGGAUCCGGUGCUGCACUGUGAGCAAGGGCUGGGGGACAGAAGUGCCUCAGCUAGUGGCUUGCUGUGCAGCCACGAGAAGCCUGCUUCUCUCUCUGGGGAGCAGGGCUGCCAGAGCCCCAGGUCAUGAGGGCCGGCGGGGAUCCUGUGUCUAUCUGAGGGGACCCUGCAUGUCCUGCCUCCUGUUUGCACUGGUGUCUGGGGAGCACCUGACAGGCGUGUCCCUGUUCUAAGUGCUCUCAAUUCCAUGCCAGCUUUUCUAGGUAACCUUCCCAGCACCAGCGUUCACCUUCAGACCUGUUUUCAGUGCAAGAUUCCCCCUCAGUGGACACCAUCACUGGUCCACUGACAGGGCACCAGCCCACUCCCCAGGCCUUGGGUGACCUGCCCCGGGGGCAGUUGUGCACUGAGUGCCUUGGAGAGAAGAUGCUGUAGGAAUGGAAGGUGGUUGGGUGUUUGUCAUCCCCAUUUAUGGAGUCACAUACUCGUUGGGGCCAUCUGCCCUGUAACAGGGUGUUGCAGCCUCACAGAACCAGCUCGGGAUGGUCAGGCCAUUUGGGAUGAGGGGUUGCGCUGUUUCUGUCACUUGGUUGAACUGAAGGCAGUCCUGGCACCCUGGGUUUAUUGGAUGGAGGGUGAGGCUUAGGAGUGUUGGGUGGGUGCAUAGGGAGGGGCUCCUGCCUUUCAUCUGUCGUCUGUCCUUGAUUUACUAACAAGCCACCUAAUUUUAAGUAGAUGUCAGCAUUAGGAUUGGAGAUGCUGUCCCUCACAGGUCAGGCUCUGGGAUUUAGUGAGAUGGCAGGAGGGACUGUUCGUCUGUGGCUCCAGGCUGCCCGAGGCCGGGUCGGGUCAAAGCCAGUGGAAGCUCUCCUGGGCCUCUCUACUACGGUGCCCACCCAGGUCACCCUGCCCAGACCCCAGGGCAGAAAACCCGGCUGGUGGGUGUGGGUAUGUCUGGACUGGGUUGGUGGGACAGGCCUGUUGUGGCUUAGUGAGGGCGUCUCCGUGACUGGGGCCCUUUGAAGAGUCUGAAAGGCGGAGGAGGCGUUCAGAGCCCCCGUUACCUCCUUGCAUUUCCUCCUCUUGGGUUAAAGUUCCCUGUAUGGGGAACUGACCGGGAGGUCACGUACUCCUUCUCCUGGCUGAGAUGGGCCGCACUGGCCUGAGGUCGGCCGUCGGUUGUGCCUUACCUCCAGGACAGGUUGCGCAGCCUGAAACCCUGACUCCGUUGUUCCCAUGUGCUUCCUUCUCUUGGAGGAGCCUGCGUGCCUUCUGCCUGCUGCUGACACUGAACGUGUUGGGGAGAGUUGGAGCGGUUCUGUGUGGAGUUCUGUAAAUACUAGGGGUAUCUUGACUGGGGGGGUAGAUUGGUUUACUACCUGUGAAAUGGGAGUUAAAAAAAUCCAAAGACUCUGUAAUAAAUUGUAAAGAUUUAAUGAUUUGUAUUGUAUAAUGAACUAAACCUCUGUAAUUUUGUACCAUAUAUGCCUUUCCAUGUAUGACCAGCAGCCUCUAAAUAAAACCAUAUGAUUUCCUGCC